AGAAAAACACCAGUCAUCUAACUUUGAUAAAUGGACCUUUAAUUGUCAUGUCUGAUUCUGAAAGUCCACAUGGUCGAACGGAAUAGCAUUCUGGAUUUCCUGGGUUUUACAAAACAGCGUCAGUUGGAUUCGGCCAUCACCACUGACCCCUUGUGAGAAACAAGUCAGUGUAAAUUUUGACAAACAAGCAUUUGGCUGGAUUAUUGGAAACAAAAGUUAUAGUGAGCCUUGAUCCAGACAUGCCUAAAAGGCUUACUGUGUUUCGUAUUGUUAACGGCUGUCAGUUUAAAUUGAUAUCUUUUUAAGUUUUAGUGACCACUUCAACGAUCAACAAGCGCUGUAGGUCUUUCACUCCGUGCGUCAGUGCAUUUCUAAAGAUGCCAUUCAAAUGUGUGCUCCAUGAAAAGUAUGACUCCAUCUGUAUGCAGGACUUGAUAUAUGCUAUAUCACAGCUGUGACAGUCUCUCUUUCGCUCAGGGGUGAGUCUCUUCAGCACCUCCUCAGCGCUGUCCACGCGCCCCUUUAACAUAUCGGCGCUCUUCAGUUGGAAGCAGUCACGGCGCGCAAAGACUGUACGAGCACAUCGGAGCAUUGUGCGGAGCCAAUUUGCUUUGCUUGUCCAACCUUUUUGUCCUUUUCAUCCAAGCGCGUCAGGCAGGCUACAUUAUGGGCUUAUUAAAAGGAAAAAUCAGGUUGCAGAGAGGAUCUCCUCUUCGAUGCCGCUGAGACAAACUUGAGGAAUAUUUGCAGAUGAAGAAGAUGAAUCUGCCGUAAAGACUGAAAUACUUCUAUCCGUUCAGAAGUGGCGUAGUUUAGUGAAAAUCUAGUUGCAGAUGAGAUGCUGUAAUCCACGUGAGACAAGAGAGAGAGACAGUAAGCUAUCAUGGACACCUGGAUCUUCCCAUCGUCUCCUCCGAACCUGUCGGAGCACCUCAUGUAUGAUAGCUUCAUGCAGGGCAAUGAGUCCGACCUCCACGGGAACUACACAGACCACAGCUUCAACAGAACCAGCACGGUGGUCAUCACCUGCAUGUACUUUCUAGUUUGCACCGUGGGACUCUGCGGAAACGCCCUCGUCAUCUACGUCAUCCUGCGCUACGCCAAGAUGAAGACAGUGACCAACAUUUACAUCCUCAACCUGGCAGUGGCUGACGUGCUCUUCAUGCUUGGCCUGCCGUUCAUCGCCAUCCAGUUGGCGCUGGUCCACUGGCCGUUUGGUCCUGUGCUCUGCAGGGUGGUGAUGACCGUCGACUCACUGAACCAGUUCACAUCCAUCUUCUGCCUCAUGGUCAUGAGCAUCGACCGCUACCUGGCUGUGGUGCAUCCCAUUAGGUCCACAAAGUGGCGCAAGCCACGCAUGGCCAAGACUAUUAACUUAACAGUGUGGGGGGUGUCGCUAAUGGUUAACCUGCCCAUUGUUAUCUACAGCGGCGUCAUCGCAAAGCACGACAGCUGCUUCUGCACCAUCGUGUGGCCUGAGCCUCAAGAGGCCUACUACACAGCGUUCAUGUUCUAUACCUUCAUCCUGGGCUUCUUCCUGCCCCUCAUGGUCAUCUGCCUUUGCUACUUGUUCAUCAUCAUUAAGGUGAAGUCCUCAGGUAUCCGCGUGGGCUCCUCCAAGAGGAAGCGCUCAGAGAGGAAGGUAACUCGGAUGGUGUCCAUCGUGGUGGCAGUGUUUGUCUUCUGCUGGCUGCCUUUCUAUGUCUUCAACGUCACCUCGGUGACGGGGACCAUCAGCACCACUCCCAUCUUGAGGAGCACCUUUGCUUUCGUGGUGGUUCUGGGAUAUGCCAACAGCUGCGCGAAUCCCAUCCUCUACGCCUUCCUGUCGGAGAACUUCAAGAAGAGUUUCCAGAAUGUUUUAUGUCUUAAGAAGGUGGGUGGGCUGGAUGAGGCUGACCGCAGCGAUAGCCGGCAGGAUAAGUCUCGCAUGAUGAAUGACCCCACGGAGACCCAAAGUACUCUGCUGAAUGGCGACCUCCAGACCAGCAUCUGAGAGGAAGGUGAUAGGACUUGCAUGUGCACAGACAGACGGCCUUCUCUGUGAAAUAAUAAAUAACAAUCAGCUCUUAGAGAGGAAGAUGACAUGAUUAAAUAUUAAACAAGGAGUUUAGAGAGGAACAUGUCCCUUGUUAAGGAGGACAAAGCACCAGCAGAAAAGAAUAACAAACAAAUGUGGAACUACACUGAUCCGCUGUCUGCCUUUGACACAUUGUUGGGUUUCCCUGGCUGUAAACAAAUCCAUUAUAACAUAAUUGCAAAGGUGUUUGCUCUGUGCUUUUAAAUGAAUAUGAAAUCUGUUUGACUGUUUGUUCUCAGUGUAUUAACUCUGAGGUAAGGCCCACUUGCAAUUGGUCCCCUGGUGGACAUGAAUUUUCCCUGGAGACCCAGGAUUAUAUACACAGUUUACAGCAGAGGGCCUGUGCCAAGUUUCCACAGUCCCGUAUUGUGCAAAUAUAACAACAUAACAGUGUGCACAUACGCUGCGAAACAACAUACUGUUCUUAAAACUGGCAACCUAAUCAUUCCUCUAUUUUUGUGUCUGUCUCGCCUGCAGGUUAUUUUCUACGGAGGGUGGUUUGACUGUAAAUGACUGUACAGAGAAUGGGCAAAGAGACUGUAUAAGGAGUCAGAGCAUUUUAUAUGUAGUUGUAUUUAGUUUUGGAACUGCAAAUCUGACUGAAAUUUUUUUUUCCCAGACACAGAACGUAAUGAAUGUCAGUGCUAUUGAUUCUGGUCUUCUGUAGUAAAACUGUCUGAUGUGAUCUGUGACCAAUUUUACUUGUGAUAGAUGUGCAUCAAAUGUAAACAGUCAAUAAUCAGUCAAUGGGCAAAUCUUUUCACUGUGUUCCUCGCUGCUUCAUUAUAGCUACAUGCAUAAUUUAUAUUACAUAUUGGCUCGGUCGAUAUAGCGGGUCAGACUCUAACCAAAGUGCUGCUAAGAUGUAUAGUAACUACAAUAAUGUUGUAUUAUAUUAAGUAAUGUCUUUGUAUCCUGGCUUCUACUGGAUUAACGGCUUAUUUACAUAAUUUAUGUAUACCUUGUAAUAAUGUUGCUGUGAGUUUGCAGUUGUCACAGUAGCUGCAUUUAUCACAAAAUGCCAGACUGCAUGAUUCUAAAUUGUUCUAUAUGAAUGCUGAGUAGUGGCUCAUGUUUUUUAUGUCAUCUGAGAGUCAUCUAUAAAAUGAUAAAAUGAUUUAAUAAUAAGCUACAGAGAGAAUAAUAAUAAUAAUGACUCUGUUUGCUUGUAUUUGAAUACAGGUAUACAAAGUGGAUGGGUCACUAUUCUGGUCGUACUGAGGAAGUGCAAUGACAUUUAAGCAGGAUGUAAAAAAAUUGGAUUUUAAGAAAUGUUCACUUUAUUGUAAUUUCACUUUGUUGUAUUACAGUCUGUUGUUUCUCUUUGGUUACUUCUCUGUUUCUCUAAUUUUUUUUGGACUGAUUGGAGAAUACAAUGGGCUUCAGAUGUCCUAUGCUGCCUCCCAUUGAGAGCUACUUGUAAACACUUUGUAUGCUGACGCUCGCCCAUCCUCCUCAUCCUCUGUGGCAUUUUGGGCGGCCACAUUUCAAGUGUGGUUUCUGUCCCCGGGUGCCUGAGAAAUGUGAAUUUGAAAAGGGCUAGAACACUUAUCCUCAAGAGGCUCUGGUGUUCCUUUAUCGUCAUCACUCUGCUGCUCCAGGAGUCCACAGUCCAUCCUGUGACUCCCUGUCUGUUGCCGUAGUCAGAUUACCAUCUAUAUAAGUUAUUCGACCUUUACCCUACAUAUGCCGGUUCCCUCAUACACACCAAAGCCUGUGACAGAUUAUGAUUAAUGUGAAAAAGAAUCCUGAAUGUGUGUGUGUGUGUGUGUGUGUGUGUGUCGCAUUGAUCUUUCAAAAACGUGAGGUAUAUGUGUUACUGUUGAUAUUUAAAUGUAUAUAUAUAUUCAAAACAUACAAACCACUCUAAGCAUGUUGUUUUGAGAUAUAUAAUUUCUUCAUGUGUCUGUCUUACAAGAUACACAGAAGCACACACAUCCAUGAUAUUUAUAUUCAACACCUAUCCAAUCUUCAAUCUGAAUUUGUUACCUGGCCUGUGAUGUCUCAUUACCGCUGAAAGACUUGAUACACCUCAAGUGCGUUUCCAUAGCAACAGUGACCAAGAGCGUUAGUCCCAUGGUUACAUUCAUUAGGAUAACAGUAAUAUAGAGAUGACUCUGGACAUGAAUUAUGAAUAUAGACAUUGCUCAGAUGACUUAAGAAAAAUAAAUAAAUAAAGGCUACCAUCCAGCGCGCUGUGAAACCAAACACCUCAGUUACAUUAAACCUGAUUAAAAUGUAUAGUUUGUGUUAGUGUGCAGUAUUAAAUGUAAAAACAAACCAAACACCUUACUUUAGAGAACACAAUGUCAUUGGUUACUGUUAAUCCAGACUGGACACGCAUACGUUAUACAAUAUCAACCAACUGUUGUGGAGUUAUUGUAGUAAUUACAUUUCCAGCAAAGACUUUUCUUACAACAAUGCUAAUAGUUUAUUUUGCAGCUUUUUUUUUUUUUGAAUAGCUGCAUUUCCACCUAGUAUUUGUUCCAUCUGUGUUUUGGUUUAGAGUAAUUUUAGUGAUGAGACUUAUUUCAAUUGCUCAAAUGCUAUGUUAAAGGUUUACUGUUUCCGUGGAAAGUUUGCAUUAAAUAUGUUCUUCCAGUUCCUGUUCUUAUUGAAUAUACUGAAUCAAGAUUAAUGGAGCAAACCAAGAUUGUGUAUACUUGUGCUGAAACUAAAUAAAGUCAGUAAUAAGUUACAUUAAGUUUUUUUUCUUUUAGUGAAAUAUUGUCAAAUGCCACUCUCUGUGAAAAAAUAAAAAGAUACACAACAUUUAAAUAAAAAGCCAUUUUUAUAUUAAUGUUAAAAUAUUGCAUGUUUACAUUAAAUUAAAAGUUUAGAUCUUCUUCGAGAAUUAUUUCACCAAGUUGUUUGAAUCACAUGUACAAAUUUAAGCAUGUCACAUGUAAUUUGGUAAUGUAAAUGCCUGCUGCUAAUUACUGUAGAAAUGUACAGUAUGUUAUAACAGAAAAAAAGUCUUAUUGCAAGGCUCACUCAUGUAUAAAUUCCUUGUCUUUACAU